CCUCCUUCAGGCCAGAGCCCCCCGCUUCUCCCCCACCCCACCUACUCUCACCCUGCAUUCUGUCCUCAGGUCCUGGCUGCCACCCCGAGAUCCCCUUCGGCGCCCUCAGGGAUGCCUCUUCACCGUGGCUCCUUGGCCCGCUGCCUGCCCCCUGUCCCCAGUUUGUGGGGGCUUCUCUGAGCCCCUGCCCCCACAUUCAAGCCCCCAUGGCGGCGGGCCCUGCCGCAGGGAGCCGGGGCCGGCCACAGCGGGUGAGCAUGCAGGAGCACAUGGCCAUCAAUGUGAGCCCCGGCCCCAUCCGGCCCAUCCACCUCAUCUCCGACUACUUUCCGCACUUCUACCCCUUCGCUAAGCACACCCUGCGCACCCCAGACCCACACCCUGCGGUGACCCCUGCCCCCCCGCAGCAGGCCGAGCCAGAGCCAGAGGGAGAUUCGGAUGACAGCACUGCCCUAGGCACCCUCGAGUUCACGCUGCUCUUCGAUGCGGACAACAGCGCCCUGCACUGCACGGCUCACCGAGCCAAGGGUCUCAAGCCACCAGCCUCAGGCUCUGUGGACACCUAUGUGAAGGCCAAUCUGCUGCCAGGAGCCAGCAAGGCCAGCCAGCUGCGGACUCGCACGGUUCGGGGCACACGGGGGCCUGUCUGGGAGGAGACACUCACCUAUCACGGCUUCACCCGCCAGGAUGCUGGGCGAAAGACACUGCGGCUGUGUGUGUGUGAGGACCCACGGCUGCGGCGGCGGCGGGCGCCUCCCCUGGGGGAGCUGCGGGUGCCCCUGAGGAAGCUGGUGCCCAACCGCGCCAGGAGCUUCGAUGUGUGUCUGGAGAAGCGGAAGCCGACCAAGAGGCCCAAGAGCCUGGACACCGCCCGUGGCAUGUCGCUGUAUGAGGAGGAGGACACGGAGGCUGCCGGGGACGAGCGUGGGCGCAUCCUGCUGUCACUGUGCUACAGCUCUCAGCGGGGCGGCCUGCUGGUGGGGGUGCUGCGCUGCGCCCACCUUGCCCCCAUGGACGCCAACGGCUACUCGGACCCCUUCGUCCGCCUCUUCCUGCAUCCAAAUGUGGGGAAGCGAUCUAAAUACAAGACUAGUGUCCGGAAGAAGACCCUGAACCCCGAGUUCAAUGAGGAGUUCUUCUACGCAGGCCCAAGGGAGGAGCUGGCCCAGAAGACGCUGCUGGUGUCCGUAUGGGACUAUGACCUGGGCACCGCUGACGACUUCAUUGGCGGGGUGCAGCUGAGCAGCCGCGCCGGCGGGGAGCGCCAGCAGCACUGGUGUGAGUGCCUGGGCCGCAGCGACUGCCGACUGGAGCUGUGGCACCCGCUGGACGGCGCGCCCCUCCAGCUCCGCGCCUAGAAGGGCACCGGCCCGGCCCUGUUCACCGCCCUCCCCCACUGUGCCCAACCCCGCGGCAGACCGUUUGCUCCCUUGCCCCCUGCCCUCUCAAAUUCACCCCACUGCCAACCGUGAAGAAUAAACUUCCCAACCAGCCCA